UGUGUGUGUGUGUGUGUGUGUGUGUGUGUGUGUGUGUGUAACAGCAGCAGAUCGGUUCAGGCAGCAGACGGCGGCCCGCUCCUCCUCCGGUCCACAUCUACCGUUUCUCCUCCUCGGUUCAUCCUCCCAUCCUCCCAUCCUCUCUCUCUGUCUCCUCUCCUCUACUCCUUUCUUUCUCUUCUUUUCUGUUAUUCACCGGCUCGGUAGAGAUGUCCUCCGCCAGACCCGGAUUCUACCGGCAGGAGCUGAACAAGACCGUGUGGGAGGUUCCGGAGCGGUACCAGAACCUGACGCCGGUGGGCUCCGGAGCCUACGGAUCCGUCUGUUCGGCGUACGAUGUCGUCUUGCGGCAGAAGGUCGCAGUGAAGAAGCUGUCCAGGCCUUUUCAGUCUCUGAUCCACAGCCGCCGCUCGUACCGGGAACUCAGGCUGCUCAAGCACAUGAAACACGAGAAUGUAAUAGGGCUGCUGGACGUCUUCACACCUGCUGCAACAUUAGAGGACUUCAAUGAACUCUACCUGGUGACUAACCUGAUGGGCGCAGACCUCAAUAACAUCGUUAAAUUUCAGAGGUUGUCAGACGAGCACGUGCAGUUCUUAAUUUACCAGCUUCUACGUGGCCUCAAGUACAUCCAUUCAGCGGGAUUGAUCCACAGAGACCUCAAGCCAAGUAAUGUGGCAGUAAAUGAGGACUGUGAGCUGAGGAUCCUCGACUUUGGAUUGGCCAGGCAGACGGACGACGAGAUGACGGGGUACGUGGCGACUCGCUGGUAUCGAGCGCCGGAGAUCAUGCUGAACUGGAUGCACUACAAUCAGAAUGUUGAUAUCUGGUCGGUGGGAUGCAUCAUGGGAGAGCUGCUGAAGGGAAAAGUCCUUUUUCCUGGCACUGACUAUAUUGACCAGCUGAAGAGAAUCAUGGAGGUGGUUGGGACUCCGACACCCGACCUGUUAAAGAAGAUCUGCUCCGAACACGCGCAGAAAUACAUCCAGUCUCUGCCCUUCAUGCCGCAGCAGGACCUGGAAAAGAUCUUCAGAGGAGCGAAUCCAAUGGCCGUCGAUCUACUGAAGCGUAUGCUGGUUCUGGACUGCGAUGGGAGGAUAUCGGCCAGCGAGGCUCUGUCUCACCCUUACUUCUCACAGUACCACGAUCCAGACGAUGAGCCGGAGGCCCCGCCUUACGACCAAACGCUGGAGAGUAAAGACCGAACUCUAGAAGAAUGGAAAGAGUUGGUAUUCGAAGAAGUGAGCAGCGUCAAAGCAUCCGGCGGCAAGACUGAUAGCCUUCAGGCGGAGCAGUAAGCCUCUCUCUGCUCUGCCUCAACCCCUCAACCCUGAAGAAGGACCACGUACUCAAUGAUUGGUGAAAAGGACUGUGUGGCAAAAAACACCUGAAGAAAACUCUGCAUUCCCUCUGCUCAGCGUGACUGUGUUUGUUCGCCCUGUCAUGAGUUUAUUUGAGCAGCAGGGCAGGACGGUUCUUUACAGGAUCAUAUGCACACACCGCAAUCACAGGGGAGCAUUUUAGAAUCCGAUAGAAGGAGCUUUACAGUCCAGAAAGUUGCUUCCUCUUAUGUUUCCGUUUGUUGAGGGUAAAAUGAGGAACCGUUCGACGUGGCUGCGUCGGGGAUCGCAGAGGACACAUACGAGGGAGCAACUUUACGGAACUAAACUGUGUUUACAGACUGAUAAAAAAAAAGGUAUCGAAGGAUGGAAACAAAAAAACGCACACUAGGAUUUCCAAAGCAACGACAAGAGUGCCGUUUUGUCCCUCAUCAUGACAAAUGCCAUAAGCAGUCGGCCGCUUUCAUAUAUGGAAUUCAUGUUUAAAGGCUUGCAGCGAUGCCACGUCAUGUCACAGAGCAGCUUUGCAUUUAGCCUGCUUACUACUGCAUGAUUUUUGUGCAUUUUAUUAUUACAGAAUAUUACUGGCAUUGUAUUAUAUAUAGCCAUUAAAGACUGCUUAUUGCAUCUGCCACGCUGCUGUGAAAGCAGCCUGAGGGUCAGAGAGAGAGAGGCAUCACCAGGAAACCAACCUUUCAACCUGUUUUAUCUUUGUAAUUAAAGUGCAGUAUGAUAGAAAAAGCAAACAAAAAAACGACUGUUCUUCCAGCUGGAUGAGAGUCACCCUCUUCCUGCUUAGAGAGUAGUAAACACCAACUGUGCUAUUAAUUAGCAACGUAAUGAAUAUAUGUCAAAGCCUGGAAGCAGAAGGACUGUGUUGCAGGUCUGUGUUUGUUUACAGUGCGACCUCGCUUCUCAUAUACAGUUUCCCGCUGGUGGCUGAUCACCUGUUGGCUUUGGCAGCGCUCCAUCAGGUUGUGUCUUUUUACUGCCCCACGGUUUGUGUUUACAAUAAUUAAGAUCAUUUCUUAAACUGGAUAAUAAUAUAUUAGCCAGCUCAAUGAAAGUAAUGACUGGUCAAACACUCUAGGCUCCCAUAAAUCAUCCAUAUUUGGUUGCGAGUAGUGAUCUUUUUUUCAAUUUUAAUGAUGCUUGAGUGUUUUAAUGAUGCAGGGUGUACACAUUCAUUAGUGACCAUAGUAUAAAAGCACUGGGGAUGUUCUUAACCUCGAUUGUUGUGGGUGUUUUUCAGUAACACUGCAGUUCUCAUGGCUUAUUGCAACAUAAGAACGCCCUCGCAGGUAACGCACAAUGCAGAUUAUCACAGCAAAUGGCUGACUUCCUCACUGACGUUGUGACACUCAUCUUGCAGCAGACUGGAGUUUUCGUUUAUAUAAAAACAAUUUGCUGAGGUAGAAAUAAUCCGCUUGUGUUGAACCACGGGUUUUCCAGCUUUACAUGGCUGAAGGUCAGUGAAAAUGUCAAGAGGUCAAAGAGGACAACGCUGAUAUUAUGGAAUUUAUUACUUUGAUAAGCUACU